GCUACCGCGCCCGCAUGGCAACCCUGUUGGCAGUGCCUCAGUCUCAGAUUUUCAGUUUCAUUAAUAAGGUGGGAGUGAUCUGUUUUCAAAAGCAAAACAAACACGGAAAUCGUUGCGCAAAUUACAGUGUUUUGGCAAAAUGCCCGGGCAAGUGAUAAUUAUGUUCUGCAGUGCCUAGAACGCCGCGUGCGCUACGGGAAAAACGCGAAAUUCGACGGAAAAAGAGACGCGGAAAUAAAAGAAGAAGAAGAAGUGACAGCGAACUUUGUUCGCACACACACAUACACAAGCAUACGGAGGAAAAACAAAGAAAAUGUCUGCUCAGCGCUUGAAUGCGGCGGAGCGAGACCUGGAAAAGUUCAUAAAGUUCCUGGUCCUCAAGUCCACCCAGGUGGUGGUGCAGUCGCGGCUGGGGGAGAAGAUGCAGACGCAGUGCAAUCCGCUGGCGGGCAGCGACUGGUUCAACAUCGCCGUCCAGGAUCACCCGGAGGUGCUGGACGAAACCAAGCGGGCGCUGGGCCUCAAGACGGGUGAAAGCAUUUUGCAGCGGCUGCCGCUCUGCGUGGAGAUUUCGCUAAGGACCUCCGAUGGCGACCAGAUGGUACUGGAGGUGUGGUCCCUGGACCUCCUGCAAUCUGGCACAAACGGCGCCACUCCGGCCACAGGCGAGCCCAAGGCAGAGCCCGCCACCGCUAAUACUGAGGGACAGACACUCAAGGCGGCCCACGCCAUCUACAACAGGAUGGGCAUCAUGCUCAAGUCCCUUAUCUCGCUCACCCGCACCACGCCUGCCUACAAGCUGUCUCGCCGCCAGUGCCCCGACUCCUAUGGCAUCUUCUACCGGAUUUACGUGGACAGGCCCCAGGUGCACACGCUGGGCGAGGGACACAAGCACGUAAAGAUCGGGCAGCUGAACACGAUCGUAGGCUCGUUGGUGAUGUCUGUGGCCUACCGCACCAAGCUGACCAUCUCGCCGACGGCCGCUCAGGCGGAGAGCAACACCAUCAUGCUGAAGUCAGACCACUUCCGACCAGCCACCGACGCCAGCUCCACUGGCUUUCAACAGCAGCAGCUGCCAAAUGGCACUGCCGUGGUCAAGAAGCUGGCAUUGAAUCCUGCCAUGGGCUCCGGCGUUGACCGACGCUGCAUCGACAUAGAGAAGCCGCUGCGUCCGGGAGCGUUCACGGAUAUGGGAAAGCUAAAGCAAUACACGGAAGACGAUUUCGUUCUACCCGAAACGCCGCCUUUUGAAUGGCUUCUACGAGGACGCGGCUCUGUGGAAUCCCUUAAUCGCUUGGAUAAUAAUGUGGCUGCCAGUGUCCUCAGUGCGAAUAAUAACAAUAACCACCAAGUCAGUAACUUCAACCAGAGCAGCAAUCUCAACAACAACUCAACGGGAUUUAAGAGCUUCGAAAAGAACGCGGGAAACUCUGUGUCUCCCAUCAAGAGCCUACUGAUCCCCGCCAGCGCCUCCUCCGCCUAUCGCCACCACUCGGAGCCGGCGCUGCAACCUCCUCCCGACGAUGAUAAUCUGCUCAAGGAGCUGCACUUUCCCUUCGCCUCGCCCACGUCGCAUGUAAAUGAUCUGGCAAAGUUCUACAGGGAAUGCUACCACGCGCCACCAUUGCGCGGUCUCAAUGAGCUGCAAGCGGAGAUCUCCUCCGUGGCAUCGGUGGCAACCACGCCACCAUCCAGUACCUCUGUACCAGCGUGUGGAACUACAGCAGCAGCAGCCACAUCGGUGGCCACCAGUGCCGCCGACGCCAGCGCCAUGGAUGACCUGUCCCGGCAAUUGGAACAGUUCGAAACGUCGCUGGAGGACUACGACAAGCUAGUAUCGCAAUUCGGACUCACGGGCUCCUCGUCGACGGGCAGCCGCAGCAGCGGUGGCCUUCAAAUGAGCAACUGAGUUAAGAUAUACCUUUUAUACUUACCUUAAGUUAUUUAUAAUGGGGCGGUCAUGUCCAGGGACACUUUAAUCGUGGUCUGUGUUUAGAAAAGCUGUCUUGAAUCGCGAAAAGAGUCAAUUGAAAAGAUAAAACAGGAGAAUAUCUCAGAGUUGCAUAUUUUGCGAGUGAAACGACCACCCGCCCCAGCUAUAAUUUAUAAAUGCCAUUGAGUUAGUCGAGUUUGAUAGGCUGCUAUACUACGAUAAUACGCUGUAUAUAACCUUAUAUAGGCCCCAACAGGAGGCUCUAGUUCCCUCUAAGUUGUACAUAGGAGUAGAGAGAUAGAGAGCUCUCUGCCACGUUUUAAAGUUUUCACUGCAGCAGUUUAGCCUUAGCCGCAAAUACAAAAUGCAUCGGAUCGGCCCUAGCUAUAGCUCUAUGCAAAUGUUAGUAAGUUGGGCGUACUCGUCGCUUGUUUGUUUAUUUGUUUCUUUGUUCAAGUGCCUUUCGCCUUGCUUGUAAGUGAACAGAAAAUGUGUAUAUAUAUAGUUUAUCUAGCGAUAGAUAACAUCAAUUAAUCAGAAGCUAAACAGUUGAUUUCUAUUUCAAAACGAGUUAAAUCAAAGACCGAACCCAAUCGAAAGACUUGAACAGUAACGAAAUAUGUGUACAUAAAUUGAUGCUAACCUAGGAGUUGGAAAAUAACAGCUAGUGUCCCUAGUAGUAAUCGUAUUUCGCUGUUACCUAUAUUUAUUGGUUUUGCAAAAUUGCGAAAAUAAUGCCAACAUAAUGGGAGUAUAUAUUAACACUACGCAGGUAAACAAGAGUAAGAAAAUUUAUACAUAUAAAAAAUUAAUAAAAGCAAUUGUUAAUCAAGACACUAA